AGGACCUGUUCUAGGGUUUAAAUACAUGUGAACUAGAACCUACUUUAGUGUGAAAAUAACCAGGCAUAGGUUGGGUUGGUCAUCUCAAGCCACCACCUUGCUUUGCCCCACACAUCAAAUUAAAAUUCCUUUCCCAAAUCACUUUACACAUUCUUUAUCUGGUGUGCGGGUAGACUGGAGCAAGAAGGUUCCCACGGUACCGGCUUCUCGCCAGUUCAAACCUAACUCUGGAGCUGGCAACACCGACACUGCUCUUACAGCCGAAUCCUGAAUCCAGAUAAUACAACAUGAUUGUUAUUCAAACACCAACUGAGAUUAAUCAAAAAAUGACAAUGAAGAGAAAAGGCGAGGACUCCGGAGUAAGUUUCAAGAAACCUUGUUACCGAGGAACUAUCUACGAGAAAAUGCUCUCUCCUAUUUCUCCUUCUUUAACACUUCCGAUCAAAACAAGAAUUUGCGAAUCCUCUGAGAGAUUUAUCAACAGAUCUCUGCAGAAAGAACUUUUUCAGCUUUUAGAAAAUUCCAAUGAGACGGAACUAAAGGAUUUUUUAUUAAAGAACAGUGAUAAGAUUGAUAUUAAUCAGUAUGGGGAGGACGGAGUAACACCGCUUCAGCUUGUCUGCCAGUCCGGAGGAGAAGUAGGAGUUGCUCGAACCUUGAUUGGAUACGGAGCUGAUGUAAGAUUGACCUCUAGAGACGGCUGGUCAGCUGUGCAUAUGGCAACAUUUUCCGGAAACACAAGAUUAAUGCUUUAUAUUUUAUCCUGUAGAGUAUAGAAAUAUUUUAUUUUGUUUUAAAUGAAUAUUCAUCUCUGAACCUAGAAGAAAAUUCUCCAGUAACACUUUGGUGCAAUUAUAACACAAAAUUUGUCAACUUUAGUGUUAGAAUAUAUAUAUUUUUUAUUAUUAAAAAGUUGUUGAUUUAUUCUUGAAAAUAAAAAUUCAUAAAUGUUUCA